AGAACAGCCGCGGCAGAGACAGAAAAGAAAGAGGAGCAGAUCCCUCCAUUAUUAUAUUUUCUAUUUCAUUUAUGACUUUUAUUUAUUUAUUUAUUUAUUUUUCCAUAAAUUUAAAUUAUUGAGCCCAUUUCUAGGGUUUUACUUCCCUGCACGCAGAGAAGUCUCUAGAACAAAGUCCUCUCCUCAUACAUAAACAACUUCACACUCCCAAGCAAACAGAAAGAGAAGCAAAAAUGGCCAGGUCAAGGUGUUUCUUGGAUAUUAGCAUAGGGGGAGAGCUUGAAGGGAGGAUUGUGGUGGAGCUCUACUACGACGUCGUUCCUAAAACUGCUGAGAAUUUCAGAGCUCUUUGCACUGGCGAGAAAGGCAUUGGUCCUCACACUGGUGUCCCUCUCCAUUACAAGGGAUGUCGAUUUCAUCGUGUCAUCAAAGGAUUUAUGGUGCAAGGUGGAGAUAUAUCUGCAGGAGAUGGCACUGGUGGUGAAUCUAUCUAUGGAUUGAAAUUUGAGGAUGAGAAUUUUGAAUUAAAACAUGAAAGGAAAGGCAUGUUAUCCAUGGCCAAUGCUGGUGCCAACACAAAUGGAUCACAAUUCUUCAUAACAACCACCCGUACAUCUCAUUUGGAUGGUAAACAUGUUGUUUUUGGGAAGGUUGUUAAAGGAAUGGGAGUUGUUCGCUCGAUUGAGCAUGUCACAACUGGUGAUGGUGACUGCCCUACUGUUGAUGUUGUAAUUGCGGAUUGUGGGGAGAUUCCCGAGGGUGCAGAUGAUGGGAUAUCUAAUUUCUUCAAGGAUGGCGAUAUUUAUCCUGAUUGGCCAGCAGACCUUAGUGAGAGUCCUAAUGAACUUGCUUGGUGGAUGGAUGCUGUGGAUUCCAUCAAGGCUUUUGGAAAUGAACACUACAAGAAACAAGACUUUAAGAUGGCACUAAGAAAAUAUCGCAAGGCUUUACGUUAUCUGGAUAUCUGCUGGGAGAAAGAUGGGAUUGAUGAAGAAAAGAGCUCAUCUCUGAGAAAGACCAAGUCACAGAUAUUCACAAACAGCGCAGCUUGCAAGUUGAAAUUUGGAGAUCUAAAAGGAGCACUGUUGGACACAGAUUUUGCGAUGCGUGAAGGAGAUAACAAUGUGAAGGCUUUAUUUCGCCAGGGACAGGCACACAUGGCUCUUAAUGACAUUGAUGCUGCUGUUGAAAGCUUCAAGAAGGCCUUGCAGUUGGAGCCGAAUGAUGCUGGAAUAAAAAAGGAGCUUGCAGCUGCCAGGAAGAAGAUUAAUGAUAGGCGUGAUCAAGAGAGAAAGCAGUACCAGAAGAUGUUCCAAUAGUAAUUAGCUUUCCAACUGGCUGUGGAUUCCUUGAAUGAUCAGCAUCAGAUUUCUUGUGGUAUUUCAUAGGGUGGUGGACUUAAACUGGUUCAGGCCUUCUUUUGUUACAGAACUCAUUAUCGAUCUGAGUAUUAGGUUUUGUUAGAGAGCUGGAGAAAUCUUAGCAAAGUCAGACAGUAAAAAAUCAGAUGCUUGAACCAAUUCUUACUACAGUUUCCAUGGAUGUUCAAUUAGGAGAGUAGGUUUAGUGAAGCUUAGAACUGCUUAAUAUUGAGGAAGUACUAUUAAACGGACAUGAUUUUGCUAUGUUCCUGGAAAAAUUGAGAAUAAAAUAAACAUUUUGACUUUUGGCCAGACAA